AUGGACCUCCAGUACCACCCACUUAAGCCUGAGGAACAAGAAAUCCGACUUUUCACAAUUUCCCCAGAUUGGAAAAUGGGAUGCCCUAUACAGGGAUGUUUACAGACUGUCUCACUCAAGAGGGCCCCCAAUUUCGAGGCGCUCUCCUACGUUUGGGGCGUUGACGAUGCAACCGAGCCCAUCACUGUUGAUGGAACCACCUUUCGUGUGACACCGAACCUGAAGGAAGCACUGCAUCUACUGCGGCACUCCUAUCGGCAACGAGUGAUGUGGAUCGAUUAUAUUUGCAUCAAUCAAAAUGACCUAAAAGAGAAGAAUAGUCAGGUGCCUUUAAUGGGCUUGAUCUACACAGAGGCCAAUCGAGUUAUCUCCGUCCUUGGGGGAGAGCCAAGCCUGGAGGUCACACGGGCUGUGACGUGGACAGAGAGAUACAUCCAGAGAAAGAUCAACAAGAGGACCCUGUUUUGGUGGUUAUUGGAUAUAAGGAGCCUGUUCUCUGAGCGGGCGAGGCAGCUGAAGUACAAUGCCGAGGCCGACGCGUUUCUGGGCCAUACUCAAAUUCCUCGUAUGCCAUAUUGGGGUCGGAUGUGGACGUUCCAAGAGUACCACCUGCCUAAGCAGGAGCCAACUUGCAUCUGUGGGUUCCUCUCCUUUCGAUGCUCGAUAAUCGCAGAUGAAGAAAAGCAACGACUCAUGCACGCCCUGAAGGAUGCACUACUAAGAACCAUAACGAGUGACUCUUCUUCCGAUCUCCUUCUAAUCAAGAGGAACUUCGAUGAAGAUGCCCUGAAAGACAGCAUGCAAGACUGCUGGGACAUUUUAUCAAGAGAAAGUCUAGAAAGCCCGCGGCUGGCGCACCUGCUUAUGAAAACUUCCGAUCGUCAGUGUGGCAACCCGCUCGACAAAAUCUACGCUCUUUACGGGCUCGUCCCUUCUAUCCAACAGAUGUACCCACCCGACUACAAGAAGCCUCUUGCGCAUGUCAUUCUCGAAACGACCGGGUAUAUCAUUGCCCAUGAGUCGGUUAGAUGCCUGUUUAUGUAUUAUCCAUCACGCGAAGAUACGCUGUCGAAUCGAGCACUUCCGUCAUGGGUACCAGACUAUAGCAAAUCCCGCUCGGCCUCAGAAGUCCACAGGACAUUCUCUCUGAUAGACAGAGACGGAUCUUUGAAGGCGUCCCCAGCAGAGUGCGAGAUUCGGGUGUCUCCCGAUCAACAACUACAUCUCCGCGCUCGCGCCGUCGGAGCCUGCAAGUCUCUAUUCCGAUUUGAUCAGAAGAUGCGCGGGAUGCUAGAUCAGAUACAUAAAAUAUUCAAGAUGACCGACGAGUCCUGGAGAGCAUUUUGCGAUCGG